AUCCAAUUGGAUUUCGCUAAAAGUUGCAACACGCUCUCCUGAGCCGUCAUCGCAAAAAACUAAUCAAAAAUGGCUGGAGGAAUCACCGACAUCAAGAAGCUCGAGUACGAAAUCUACAAAUAUUCCAGUUACUCGUCGUCCUAUCUGCCCGAGAACAUUCGCGAGGAUAAUCCCACCAACCAAACGUCCCGAUGGUCUUCGAACACCAACAGUCCGCCGCAGUUUCUGGUGCUGAAGCUGGAACGGCCGGCCAUCGUGACCAAAAUCAAGUUCGGAAAGUACGAAAAGACGCACGUAUGCAAUCUUCGCAAGUUCAAGGUCCUGGGCGGUCUGGAAGAGGAACGGAUGAUGCUCCUGUUUGAGGGUGGUUUGAAGAACGACUCGUUGCCGGAAACGUUCAGCCUGAAGCACCGAACCAACUCAGGGGAGCUGAUGCCGAUCAAGUUCAUCCAAAUCGUACCGCUGCUCUCGUGGGGGCCGAGCUUCAACUUUUGCAUUUGGUACGUCGAGCUCCUUGGCAUCGAAGAUUCCAUAUUCAUCCUGUCGAACCUGCGCAAGUACAACAUGCUGCGGGAAGUCGAAAUCGUGCGGUUGUUCAUGAAACACUGCCGGCAGCAGGGCUAUGUGAAGGCGUUCAGCUCGCUGCAGGAGGAAACCGGUGUUCGUUUGGAGGAUGACAAAAUGACCGAACUGCACGAGAUUUUGGUCAACAAGGGCGACUUCAAGAAGACUGAGGAAAUAUUGGUCGAUUUUAUUAACAAUGGCCUUAUGGACGAUUACCUCUUGAAGCAGGAAUACAAGCCGCACUGGAAUUUGCAACUGACGCCGGAGCAUGAACCGCGCCCUGGUCGUCGUGGAGGACACCAGCUGAUCAUAGAUCCACUCACCAGUACGGUGUAUCUCUACGGUGGCUGGGAUGGGAGUGAGGAUUUGAGUGAUUUGUGGUCGUACGACGUCAAAAGCAACCAAUGGAUGUUGAUUCACGAAAAGUCAGAACUGCUGGAUGGACCAUCGCCACGAGCAUGUCAUAAGAUGGUGUACGAUACGAAAAAUUCGCAAAUUUUCAUGAUUGGACGAUACCUGGACAGCGCUUCCCGAACCGAGGAAAACAUCAAUAGCGAUUUCUAUCUGUACAAUACCGUAAGCAAAAGUUGGUUCAUGAUCUGCAACGAUACGGCUCAGGUUGGAGGACCCCAGUUGGUGUACGAUCACCAGAUGUGCAUUGAUGUUGACAAGCAGACCAUUUAUGUGUUUGGUGGUCGAAUAUUGGAGCCAAAAUAUUCUUUCACUUUUAGGAACGAAGAGGAAACGACUGGAGAUUACAAGUAUUCCGGGUUGUUUUCGUACCAUAUCAGUACCAAUACGUGGAACCAUAUCUUGGUGGAUUGUGGUCAUCCGUCGGCUGCCAGCCCACAUGUGCAAAGCAUCAAAUCGCGGGUGACCCAUUCGAUGCUGUUUCAUCAUAAGCAUCGUAAAUUGUACAUUUUUGGAGGCCAGCGGGGCAAAGAUUACAUGACGGAUUUCCUCAUCUAUGAUGUCGACAGUAACGAGCUUUCUAACAUGACCCCGGAAAACGUCGGGACGGACUCAAAGAACGUUCCCCAGUCGGGAUUCACCCAACGGGCCACGAUUGACUGCGACAAGGAUGAAAUCUAUGUGCUGACUAGUUUGAGCAAAGAAAAAGAACGACGGGAUCUAAACAUCAACUCUUGCUGGCUAUUUUCGCUAGCCAAGCGGGAAUGGUGCUGCAUUUAUAAGAGUGAUCACUCUAUCGGCGAAAACUGUUACCUGAAGAACCAGAAUGCAUGUCCAGAGCCGUGUCCCCGAUACGCACAUCAAAUCGUGUACGAUCAGGCCAACCAGGUACACUUUUUGUUCGGGGGCAAUCCAGGAAUGAACUCUCACUUCAGACUUGACGACUUCUGGAUGCUGCGACUGGAGAAACCAACUAGGGACAAUAUACUGCGCUACUGCAAAUACCUGUUGAGAAAACAAGAGUACGAAGAGAUAGCAAAGUCCAACCCACUUUCGGCAAUCUCCUAUCUCCAAACGAAAUUAUACGAUAUCAUCGACCACAACGAUCCGACACAGCUCAAAGAAUUCCACAAAUUGGCUUCUUUGCUGUUUAAAUCGGAAAGCACAGACUGUGGAACGGAGCCAACUAGUUUACUGACCUGCCCUCGCGCUGGCAGCCUUAAACCCAACUCCCAAAAGCACCCAAACGAGCAUGAACCACACGAGGAAAGUGCCAAAAUGAUGCGCGUUGAAUCGCCAAAAUGCACAGACGAGGCGGACGGGUCUAGCAUUAGCUCUCUGAGCAGCGAAUGCUCCACCUCACACACGACUCGAGCAAUUCCGUCAACUUCGUCUUCGACCAGCUCGUUCUCAUCACGCACCCGUAAGGUAAAUGAUCAUACAUUUGAGCUCAAAAUACGUCGUUGUUUGCUCUACAACAAACUAGUCGACUUACUUCCGGAAAGUCUCUGCCAGCCAAAGAAAAAUAUUAGCGACUUUGUGCUUCUUUAAUACUCGACCUGAGUCCUGCCUUCAGGAUCUUUCCGUUACAAAAAAAACGUACAGUUCUUCCUUUUCGCUAGCUCCUUUUAAUUAUAUUCCCAGUACAUGAAAAACAAAAAAAAACAGAACGAAGCAAACCGGCAUUGGAAGCAAACGCAUCUCAAUCGAUGUGAUUUGAUGACCCUUUUUCGGAUACAGACUGCUGAUCGAACGGAUUUAAAACGAGGAAACGGAAAUGUGAUAUUAAUCCCGGCGCUGGAAUUAAAACCUUCUUACUGUUUGGUAAUGCAUGUUGCGCGCAACCUUACCUUCUUUAGCAAUGUUCUGCUCUUUAUCCCUAAAAACGGAAAUCGAUAUGAAAUGACGCUUGACACGCUGCACCAAAACUAGCAUCUCUUUGGAACCGAACGCAGUCAAAUCUUAACAAGCUUUUCGCCCUAUUCUCAAGAACCAAAAGCUAAACUCAAACCCCUAAGUUAUUUACGGUACAGAAAGAGACAAUCACAAUUUCACAAACAGUAAGUCGAAACGUACAUGACAGCGUGACGCAGUGACGAAAAAAAACCAGACAGACAUUAAACCCCACAUCAAACGACCGCUCACGCGUUAGUGUUACAUUUUUCGUUUCGCUAGCAGAUAUCAGACACAAUGAUGAUGAUGAUGAGUGAAUCAUAACAAUUCCAAAAUAUUCAAACCUACAUUUUUAAGCGUAACCCGAAGAAGCUAUCUUGUGUUGAUUUUUUUGUGUAUACAUUUAAAAUUAUGUUUGAUUGUUUGUCUCUCCGCGACUUUAAAAAUUGUAAUUAUAAGCUUUAGCAGUGUUUUUAUCAUUUCUUAUUUUACCGGACUCGAAUAAGUGUUAUUUGUUAAAAUAU